UGGAGGGAAAAGAAACGAACCGACGGGGAAUCAUUGUUUGCGCCUGUAAAUUGAAAAUUGCACUCCUCUCCCUGAAACUCAACCUCAAAACACUAGCUUCCUGCAACACGAGCCACAACAGCGUCGUUUCAGUAACGUUGUUAUGAUUAGGUGAUUAUCGUACCGAACCGAAUCAAAUCGAAUCGCGGAGAGGAAGACAGCACCGGCGUUCGUUAUGUACGGUGAGCGAGGAGUAGGAUCCAAGUCGGAGGUAACUUCCGCUGACCGGAAGCAAAUCAAUGACGGCCUCGAUAAACAGCUCGAACAAUCCUCGCCGUCCACAUCCAGAGCCGCCGGCAUCAACGGCAAGGACCGCUCAUCUUCCUCUUCCCUCUUAGCCUCUGCCAAGGACUCCCGCGCUGCCUCCGACACCGUCCCUAUCUCCAAGAAUUCCAACGCUUCUGAUGUUUUGCCUGCCACCCGCAAUUUGAAUGAUCAGGGUAGAUGGGAUACCGGCGGCGGUCAUUGGCGGCAAGGGUAUCAAGAUGAUAGAGGAGCUGGCCUUCUUCUUGGUCGUGGAUGUUAUCCUCAGAGGCAGAAUAAUAGAUGGGAUUCUGGCGGCGGUCAUUGGCGGCAAGGGUAUCAAAAUGAUAGAGGAGCCGGCCUUCUUCCUCGUCGUGGAUGUUAUCCUCAGAGGCAGAAUUUUGGAUAUGGAAAUAGGUUUCAGGUCGGUCGCCAUGAUGAGCGCUUUGUCUCUGAGUUGAAGCUUUCAAAAAGUGAAGAAACUCUGUCAAGAAAGUGCAUUGCUUUUCAGGAGCCUUGUGAAAUUGCCUGCUAUAGUCGUGUAGAAAGCGGAGAAGUAUACUUUGAUGAUCGUAGCUUGAGACCUUUUAAGCGCCAUAUUACUGAGGAUGUUGGAGCUGAUCUGAAUGAAGGUUAUGAUACAUUCAUUCCCAAGAAAGACUUCGGCUCAGACAGCUUUGGUGAUUUUCUUGCUUGCAUUAGAGACAAAACUGUCCCUCUUCAAAACAUUCAUUUUGUGACAUUCCGUAACAAUCUUAACAAGAUACUGGCAACAGCUUAUAUUCGUCGCGAGCCUUGGGAAAUGGGGGUGCACAAAAGGAAUGGUGUUGUGUAUCUUGAUGUGCAUACGUUACCAGAAAGACCAGAAAGCGAUUUAGAUCGUAGGAGAUGUUAUGUAGGAUAUUGUUUUGAGAGCCUUGCCACCGAAGAUCCUAGAAGAGGAGAUGGAGAAGGGAUACAUCAUGUUAAUCCCAAUGUUGAAUUCUGUUCUGUGAUUAAGACAACAUUAGGAGCUCACAACAUCUUAAUGGGUGCUGAGAUGGAUUGCUGUGAUUCAACUAAUGAUGGAAAGAGAUUUUAUGUGGAGUUAAAGACAAGUCGUGAGUUAAAUUAUCGUUCUGAGCAAAGAUUCGAGAGAGAAAAACUGCUGAAGAUUUGGAUUCAGUCAUUUCUGGCAGGUGUUCCGUAUAUUGUCAUAGGAUUUAGGGACGACGCAGGUCGUCUUGUUCGGACAGAAAGACUUAGAACCGAAGAUAUAACUGAGAGAGUAAAAAUGAAGAACUACUGGCAGGGAGGAGUGUGCUUGGCUUUUGCAGAUGAGGUAUUAUGCUGGCUCUAUGGAACAGUGAAAGAAGAUGAAGAUUACAUUUUGCGGUUUGCUCGACCUUUCAACCGUUUGGAGCUUCUGCAAGCACAGUCCUGCCCAGAUGUAAUUACUAGUCAUUUGGAGCUGUUGUGAAAUUUUGGAGACCUUAACAACAAUUAUCAUCUAAACAAUCUGAGUUUGUUACUGACAUAGUAAAGAUGAUUCGUAUUGUGACACCUGGUUAACGUUCUAACAACGUAGUACUGUCAUAGACCAGUCAAAGAUAAUUUUUGAGACAUUGGGUUUGGUAAUGCCCCACUAUCACAAUCUGGUACGCGAAGUAAGGGAAUAGGGUUACUUUGAUCAUUUCACGAACCUUUUUAAUAUAGGGUUUACCCCUGUAUUAGUACUGAGAAUUGCAUUCACAACUUCAUAGAAUUUCUCCGAAAUGUUAUGUAUGGCCUUGUUCAGUUGGAUUAUUGUUUUUCAUUUUAUUGUUUCAGCUUUAUGCUCUUCCAUUUUCUAAACUUAUUUGAAAAAUCAUUCUCAUGGAAUUUAUUU